CAAAACAAAAUGUCGGUUUCCGGUACACAUGGGAAUGUUGUUGAAAAUGGUUUUACUGUUGUUCCACUGAAGGUGAAGCAAGAUGACCAGGUAGCACAUCAUCUGUUUUUAAAACAACACAGAGCGAAAGAAUCGGAUGGGUCCAAACCACAGAACAAAACUCUCUUUGUUGUCAAUGUACCCCCAUAUUGUACAAAGGACUGUCUAAAAAACAUGUUCUCAAAGUGUGGACAAGUCAGUCGUGUAUAUCUUCAUGACAGACCCACAUCAGGAGCUCCCCCGAAAAACCUCUCCAAGUAUUUCUCCAAAACCAAAGAACCACAGGGCUUUAAGGUGGCGUAUGUCGUGUUCAAACAUCCUGAAGCCGUUUCCAAGGCAACAGAAUGGUCUUUUGACAAGCCUUUUGUUCUUGAGACUGAUUCAGCACCGUUGCUGACUGGACUGGCAAAAUGGACUCAGGUGUACGAGAUGAGUGUUGUUGAUGUAAAUGAGAUGCAGGUGGAAAUAGACUCCUUCAUGGUGCAGUUUGAUGCAACAAUGGAAGAGGACAAACAAAAAGCCAAGGAGACUGAAGGAGUCCCUGAUGAAGAGGGCUGGAUGACUGUCAAUCGCCAUAGUAACAAGGUGGCCCGAAGAACAGAGACAAACGACAAAAGGUUGAAAGCAAACGAAAGAAAGAAGAAAAAAGAAACGGAGCUUCUGAAUUUCUACAGGUUUCAAGUUCGAGAAACAAAACAAAAACAAAUUGUUACCCUUCGACAAAAGUUUGAAGAAGACAAGCAAAGAAUUGCUUUGAUGAAAGCUUCACGAAAAUUCCGUCCAUAUUGAUUGUUUCGAUAAUAAACAAUUUUACAUUGUCA